AUGUUGGAAACUGUCGGAGACCCGGCUUUAUUAAUUACUAAGAUGCUUCCUACUCAUGCAUUUUAUGCUGUUUAUAAGAACGAAGCUCCGUCCACGGUCUAUCAAACCUUUCAGAACUGUUUUAAAGCGGGGCCUUGCGCUAACGCAAAACUUCCCAAAACGGAUUGGCACUCACCCGGUGUUUUAUUUGGGUUUGCUCAAGCCGUACCGGAAUUUGGCACGAGUGGACGUGGAGGCGUUGGCGCCGGAGCGGCGCCAACGGAUGAUCGAUUACCCAGAAGCUGGACUAAAACUGGGUUUGAGCACGGAGUGCAACGAUCUCCAUCUCAAACGGCGCCAGUCAUUCCACCGUCGCACGAAGCAAUGCAUUGGUCUUAUCGACGGCUAGAAGACGCCCCGACAGAGUGCGAUAGUCCGCAACGUGAGGUAGCCGGUGCACAACGUGAUCCAAGCUAUUUAGGCCUUCCACGCAGCGGUAUGCAAUCCCAACAUGAUGCUCAGCGGAGUCCCGAUCGCGACGAACUUCGUAUCCAAGAGCUCGAAGAGCAUCGCGAGUCACCAGACCGCGAUCUACCAAAUCGUCAUCGUCUGCCGCCGACAGAUCUCAACGAAAAUGGUGGUGUCUACAAGCACGUGGAGCGUUUUGUGGGUAGACGUCGUCGCCAGGGUCAAACCCAGUAUAAUGUGAGUUGA